AUGUCCCACGUUGAUGGUGUCUUCAGCCUCGCCACUCACGCCCGCAGAGUCUACCCGGUUGACAGCGCCUGUGUGUUCUUGUUACAGCGACUAGAUAACCUUGUCUCUACGUCGCCUGCUCCUGACACUCCUGAGGUAAUUUGGCAGACUUGGGCCACGGCAUUUUCAGCUUAUGAGCAUGCAAUUAUCCUACCCGUGCUGCAUCGCUCUCUUUUGAGGCCAAUUCCAUAUAUGUAUGACUGGCUAAUGCUGAACACGAGUCCCGACUUCCACUGGGUUAAAGGGCUCGUCCCUCCUACAUUCGUCGGUUAUGCUCCGUUUCACGAGGCAGUUGGCCCGCGUCGCACUCCUGCUGAGCUUUCAGAAAUUAUGCAAGAGAUUGUCGCAUCCGCCGAUCACGGCGACUUUGACAAUCUUCCUGAGGGUCGCAUUUACGCUUGCAACCGCUUUUUGGUGGCCUACAUUGAAGGCGACCUCUUCGUGGAUCAUCGCGAUCAGACGUACCUUGGUCGAACUUGUCCGAUCGAGAACUGGUGGGCCGAGCACGACCUAAAGGGGCAGUCAAAUGCGAAGCGGAAGUGGUCGCAGUUCUUCGAAGGCGUUAUCACGUUCUGCGACCGUCACGAGUGCGGCGUCCUCUGUGGUUACUGCCAAAUCGACUGA